AAAAAAUAUCACAUUCGUUUUCUAAUCUUUCACUUUCUUCUUCUUCCUCUUCUUCUUUUUCUCUAAAGAUUGUUGCGUGAGUGAGGCUAAUUAAGAUCAAAGAUGGUUUUGUGGGUAUUUGGGUAUGGUUCUCUAAUUUGGAACCCAGGUUUUGAUUUUGAUGAAAAGCUCAUUGGCUAUAUCAAAGACUACAAACGUGUCUUCGAUCUCGCGUGUAUUGAUCACAGAGGUACCCCUGAACAUCCUGCUAGAACUUGCACUUUGGAACAAUCCAUUGGAGCUAUAUGCUGGGGUGCUGCUUAUUGUGUUAAAGGAGGACCAGAGAAGGAGAAACUAGCCAUGGAGUACUUGGAAAGAAGAGAGUGUGAAUACGACUCAAAAACCCUUGUCGAGUUUUACACGGAAACUGACACUUCCACGCCAAUCGUAACCGGAGUUAUUGUCUUCACGUCAACACCAGACAAAGUGUCGAAUAAAUACUAUUUAGGCCCGGCACCAUUAGAAGAAAUGGCAAGGCAAAUCGCUACAGCUACUGGACCAUGUGGGAACAACAGAGAGUAUCUUUUCAAGCUUGAGAAAGCAUUGUACGACAUUGAACAUGAGGAAGAGUAUGUGAUUGAAUUAGCGAACGAGGUGAGGAAGCAACUCGAUUUGCCAGAGGAAGUGAAAACAUUGUUGAAGCCUGUGGUUUCUCGUGUACUAGUCAAGUCUCAAGCUCAUGCUUCUUCCACUCGGCAAAGAGUCUUUGUAUCAUGAAGCCAGCUAACAACAUUGUGGUGAUGAGGCUAAUGUUAACUCUUAUCUUUCAGUUUAUCAUUGAAACUCACCCUGAGAUGUUUUCUUUUUCUUUUAUCUGCAUUUAUGGAGAAUUCUUGACAUAUGAUGUGAUACUCAAUUUGUGAGACGAACAACAACAAAAUCUUUUAGCUCUAAAUUAUGUCACACAACUCUAAACAUGUUAAUUCGUUU